UCAUCGUCGUCCCAACCAUAUUAUUAUAAAAUUCGCAUCGAGACAGUUGAGUUGUCGCAGUGGCGGGUUGAUUUGGAUCUCUGGUUCUCGGCUUUUUUUAGAGAGAGAAAAAAGGCGAAACAAAGGAGAGAGAAAGAGGAGAUAGAGAGAGAGAGAGUAUAGGGGGGUUCGAUCUAUCUAUCUAUGCAAUCGACGCGAAGCUCAUUGAUUGUUCUCCGGAGUAGAUUGAUUGUUGUUGUUGAAGAUCGCACACCACCGAUUCGGCAUAAGAUCGAAAUCGAAUCGACUUUCAUAUUAUGAGCUGGUUUGACAAGCUGCGUUGCUCUUCCAAUCUCAGCCGCUUCAUUGCCGGCCUUCUCAUCUUCAUUCUUUAUCAUUCCUUUCAAUUAAUCUCCAAUUUCUUGAUUCCUAUACAUCCCUAAUUCUUCAUCUUCUUCUUCUUGUUCUUCAUCAUCAAACCUUUGCUCUGCAUUCCUUUUUUUCUUUUUUCCUUUAUGGAUCUCAAAGACUCAAUCUCCAAUAACUUUCUCGACGGCACAUUUGCCUCGCACAUUGAGAGGAAACAAAGUUCACCUCCUUCAGUCAUUGUGAUUGGUGGUGGCAUUUCGGGGAUUUCUGCUGCACAUAUACUCCACAAUGCUUCUUUUAAGGUAAUCUUGUUGGAGUCACGGGAUAGAAUUGGUGGACGUAUUCACACUGAUUACUCAUUUGGUUGCCCUGUGGAUAUGGGAGCCUCAUGGUUACAUGGUGUUUGCAAUGAGAAUCCUUUGGCUCCGCUGAUACGUGGUUUGGGGCUUACAUUAUAUCGUACUAGUGGUGACAACUCUGUUUUGUAUGAUCAUGACUUGGAAAGUUAUGCACUUUUUGAUAUGGAUGGCCGCCAAGUUCCUCAACAGAUGGUAAUUGAAGUUGGAGAGGCAUUCAAGAGAAUUUUAAAGGAGACAGAGAAAGUGAGGGAUGAACAUAGUGAUGACAUGUCCGUUCUUCAAGCAAUUUCAAUUGUGUUGGACAGGCAUCCAGAAUUAAGACAAGAAGGACUUGCCCAUGAAGUUUUACAAUGGUACAUAUGUAGAAUGGAAGCUUGGUUUGCUGUAGAUGCAGAUAUGAUAUCUCUGAAAAGCUGGGAUCAGGAGAAUGUUCUUUCUGGUGGUCAUGGACUAAUGGUGCAAGGUUAUCUCCCUGUAAUUAAGGCUCUCGCAAAAGAUAUUGACAUACGUUUGAAUCACCGGGUCAUAAAAAUAUCCAAUGGGCGUAGUAAGGUGAUGGUCACGGUUGAGGAUGGGAGGCAGUUUAUUGCAGAUGCUGCCAUUAUAACUGUACCCCUUGGAGUCCUCAAACGCAAUCUAAUUGAUUUUGAGCCUAAGCUGCCUGAUUGGAAGGUUUCUGCAAUUUCAGAUCUUGGUGUUGGCAAUGAAAACAAGAUUGCUUUGCACUUCAAUAACGUGUUUUGGCCAAAUCUGGAAUUGUUAGGCGUUGUCGCACCCACUUCUUAUUCCUGUGGCUAUUUCCUCAAUCUCCACAAAGCAACAGGCCAUCCUGUCUUAGUUUAUAUGGCUGCUGGAAGAUUUGCUUAUGACCUUGAGAAGCUAUCUGAUGAGUCUGUUUUGAAUUUUGUGAUGUUGCAGCUAAGGAAAAUGUUCCCCCAUGCAUCCGAGCCUGUUCAAUAUCUUGUAUCACGUUGGGGAACAGAUCCAAACUCAUUUGGAUGUUAUUCAUAUGAUGUGGUAGGAAAGCCCGAAGAUGUGUAUGAUAGGCUACGAGCACCAUUAGGAAAUCUAUUCUUUGCAGGUGAAGCGGUUAGCAUGGAGCACCAGGGUUCAGUACACGGAGCCUACUCAGCCGGAGUUAUGGCCGCAGGGAAUUGUCGAAGGCAUCUCAUGGAGAGGCUUGGCAGCUUGGGAAUGAUCCAGCUCAUCUCUGCAAGGGAUGAAGUUCUUGAAGCCACAGUCCCUCUUCAGAUCUCAAGGAUUUGAAAUCUCUGUCCACUUGCUAUAUAAUUGAGAACAAUUAUUGCAAGUAUUUUGCUGAUCUUAUUCAAAUUUCUUAUUUUUAUUCCCCAAAUGAUUUAGUACUAUUGUUUUCUAAUAAAUGAUUUAUUUUCCAAAAAAAGACAAUUGUUUAUAGUUUUGUAGUCCUUGGAAAAGCCUUGAUUGAGUAGUAUUUAUUUGAAGAGAAGAGUUUUUCUUUGUUCCAUGGUUCACUUCAACAGAGUGACUUUGUUAAUUUAUACAGUUGCUGUGUAAUCCAAGACAGUUCAUUCUAUUUGAUCAACUGUAUCAUUCAUACAA